GCGGGGACCAUGUAUUUCCUGAGCGGCUGGCCCAAGAGGCUGCUGUGCCCGGGGGCGAGCCCGGCCGAGGCGCCUUUCCACGUCCAGUGCGACCCGCAGCGGACUUUCUUCGCCGUGCUGGCCCCGGCCCGCCUCAGCAUCUGGUACAGCCGACCUACUGUGCUAAUUGUUGCCUAUAAGGAACCUGCAAAGUCAUCGUCUCAGUUUGGAUCCUACAAACAAGCUGAAUGGAGGCCAGAUAGUACCAUGAUAGCGGUGUCAACUGUAAAUGGCUAUAUCUUGUUUUUUCACAUUAUAUCUGCAAGAGGGGACAAGUACCUUUAUGAACCAGUAUAUCCCAAAGGAAGUCCACAAGUGAAAGGGACACCCCAUUUUAAGGAAGAACAAUGUGCUCCUGCAUUAAAUCUAGACAUGAGGAAGAUACUGGAUUUGCAAGCACCCAUCAUGAGCUUGCAGUCUGUACUGGAAGAUCUCCUGGUUGCUACUUCUGAUGGACUUCUUCAUCUUAUUCACUGGGAAGGAAUGACAAAUGGAAGGAAAGCCAUUAAUCUUUGCACAGUACCUUUUUCAGUAGAUCUGCAGUCUGCUAGAGCAGGCUCAUUCCUGGGCUUUACAGAUGUGCACAUCAGAGAUAUGGAAUAUUGUGCCACUCUUGAUGGAUUUGCUGUUGUAUUUAAUGAUGGUAAAGUUGGAUUUAUUACACCAGUGUCAAGUAGAUUUACUGCAGAGCAGCUUCAUGGAGUUUGGUCACAAGAUACUAUUGAUGGGACUUGUGUUGCAGUAAAUAACAAGUAUCGACUAAUGGCAUUUGGUUGUGCAAGUGGAUCUGUACAGGUUUAUACCAUAGAUAACACCACGGGAGCUAUGUUGCUGUCGCAUAAACUCGAGCUAACAGCAAAGCAAUAUCCUGACAUUUGGAACAAAACAGGAGCCGUUAAACUGGUGAGAUGGUCUCCUGAUAAUAGUGUUGUAAUAGUGACCUGGGAAUACGGAGGUCUUUCUUUAUGGAGUGUGUUUGGAGCCCAGCUGAUUUGUACACUUGGUGGAGAUUUUGCUUAUAGGUCCGAUGGUACCAAAAAAGAUCCCCUUAAGAUUAACUCAAUGAGCUGGGGAGCAGAAGGCUAUCACCUAUGGGUUAUCAGUGGAUUUGGGCCUCAAAAUACUGAGGUGGAUGCGAAGAGUAUAGUUAAACAGCCUGGUAUUCUGCUGUUUCAAUUUAUUAAGAGUGUACUCACUGCAAACCCUUGUAUGAGUAAUCAGGAGCAAGUCUUGCUUCAAGGGGAGGAUCGCUUGUACUUGAACUGUGGAGAGGCUUCACAAGCACAGAAUCCUAGGAAUUCUUCAGCGCACUCUGAGCAUAAAUCUAGACAGAAGAACUUCUUUGCAGACUGCAGUUUAGAAUCUCAGGGAUUAAGCACUUUACUUGGACAUCGCCACUGGCAUGUUGUACAGAUUUCGAGCACCUAUCUAGAGAGCAAUUGGCCUAUACGGUUUUCAGCUAUUGAUAAAAUCGGACAGAAUAUUGCUGUGGUUGGCAAGUUUGGUUUUGCACAUUAUUCUUUACUUACCAAAAAAUGGAAACUUUUUGGAAACAUUACCCAGGAACAAAAUAUGAUUGUAACAGGUGGCUUAGCCUGGUGGAAUGAUUUUAUUGUUCUUGCAUGUUAUAACAUAAAUGACCGCCAAGAAGAGCUCAGAGUUUACUUGCGAACAUCAAAUUUGGACAAUGCCUUUGCUCACAUAACCAAAGCACAAGCAGAAACAUUACUACUUAGUGUUUUCCGGGACAUGGUAAUAGUAUUUAGAGCAGACUGUUCAAUAUGUCUUUACAGUAUUGAAAGAAAAUCUGAUGGUCCAAAUACUACUGCUGCCGUGCAGGUUCUGCAGGAAGUCUCCAUGUCUCGCUAUAUUCCUCACCCUUUUCUGGUCGUGUCUGUCACUCUGACAUCAGUGAGUACAGAGAACGGAAUCACCUUGAAAAUGCCACAGCAGGCUCGUGAUGCAGAGAGCAUUAUGCUCAACCUUGCUGGACAGCUUAUAAUGAUGCAAAGGGACCGAUCUGGCCCUCAGAUCCGAGAGAAGGACAGUAACCCUAACCAAAGGAAACUUUUGCCGUUUUGUCCUCCUGUUGUACUAGCCCAAUCUGUGGAAAAUGUCUGGACCACAUAUCGAGCAAAUAAACACAAGCGUCACCUUCUGGAGGCUCUUUGGCUAAGCUGUGGUGGUUCUGGAAUGAAAGUUUGGCUUCCUCUCUUUCCUCGGGAUCAUCGCAAGCCUCAUUCUUUCUUGUCCCAGAGGAUCAUGUUGCCUUUCCAUAUCAACAUUUACCCACUGGCUGUUUUGUUUGAAGAUGCAUUAGUCCUUGGUGCUGUCAAUGACACUCUACUCUAUGAUUCUUUGUACACUCGAAACAGUGCGAGGGAACAGCUGGAGGUGCUUUUCCCUUUCUGCGUCGUAGAGAGAACUUCUCAGAUCUACCUCCACCAUAUUCUACGUCAGCUGCUGGUCAGGAACCUUGGAGAACAAGCCUUGCUUCUGGCCCAGUCCUGUGCUACAUUACCUUACUUCCCUCAUGUCCUAGAACUUAUGCUCCAUGAAGUGCUGGAAGAAGAAGCUACCUCACGGGAGCCCAUUCCCGACCCUCUGCUUCCCACUGUGGCAAAAUUUAUCACCGAAUUCCCCCUAUUUCUGCAGACAGUUGUCCAUUGUGCCAGGAAGACUGAAUAUGCCCUGUGGAAUUAUCUUUUUGCAGCUGUUGGAAAUCCCAAGGACUUGUUUGAGGAAUGCUUGAUGGCCCAGGAUUUGGACACAGCUGCCUCUUACCUUAUAAUUCUGCAGAAUAUGGAAGUCCCAGCAGUGAGUAGGCAACAUGCCACCCUUCUGUUCAACACAGCUCUGGAACAAGGCAAGUGGGACUUAUGCCGACACAUGAUUCGAUUUCUUAAAGCCAUUGGCUCUGGAGAAUCUGAGACACCUCCAUCUACACCAACAGCUCAGGAAUCCAGUUCAGGCGGUGGAUUUGAAUUCUUCAGGAAUCGAAGCAUUAGUUUAUCCCAAUCAGCUGAAAAUGUUCCUGCUAGCAAAUUCAGCUUACAGAAAACACUGAGUAUGCCAUCUGGCCCUUCUGGGAAAAGAUGGAGCAAAGAUAGUGAUUGUGCUGAGAACAUGUAUAUUGACAUGAUGCUCUGGAGACAUGCUCGACGCCUCUUAGAAGAAGUUCGGCUAAAGGAUCUUGGUUGUUUUGCUGCCCAGCUGGGCUUUGAACUAAUUAGUUGGCUCUGCAAGGAACGAACCCGAGCUGCCCGCGUUGACAACUUUGUGAUAGCCCUGAAGAGACUCCAUAAAGAUUUCCUGUGGCCAUUUCCCAUUAUCCCCGUCUCUUCUAUCAGCUCUCCUUUUAAGAAUGGAAAAUACCGAUCAGUGGGAGAGCAGCUGUUAAAAUCUCAAUCAGCUGACCAUUUUUUAAACCUUGAGAUAGAUGCUGGUGUCUCUAAUGUUCAACGAAGUCAGAGCUGGCUGAGCAACAUUGGCCCAACCCAUCCUGAAAUAGACACAGCUUCAUCUGCUGGGCCACAAAUGCAGGAUGCCUUCCUGUCACCUUUAUCUAAUAAAGGUGAUGAAUGCAGUAUUGGUUCAGCCACAGAUUUGACUGAAAGUAGCUCCAUGGUUGAUGGGGAUUGGACAGUGGUGGAUGAAAAUUUCUCUACACUAAGUUUAACUCAGUCAGAGCUAGAGCACAUUUCCAUGGAGUUGGCAAGUAAAGGGCCUCACAAAUCCCAGGUCCAGCUUCGGUAUUUGCUACACAUCUUUAUGGAAGCAGGGUGCCUGGAUUGGUGCAUUCUUAUAGGCUUGAUUCUUAGAGAAUCCUCAGUAAUCAACCAGAUUUUGGCUAUUAUACAGUCUUCAGAAGUAGAUGGUGAGAUGUUACAGAACAUAAAAACAGGUCUGCAUACAGUAGAUCGAUGGUCUUCUACAGAUUGCCCUGGAUAUAAGCCAUUUUUAAAUAUCAUUAAGCCACAACUGCAAAAGCUCAGUGAGAUAACAGAGGAGCAAGUUCAGCCUGAAGCCUUCCAGCCAGUAAGUAUGGGCAAGACUCCUGAACAGACUAGCCCCCGGGCAGAAGAAAGCAGAAGUUCCUUGGGCCAUGGAAACAUCCCCCAGGGCGAAACUGGAGGUAGCUGUACACUUGGCCGCAAGGAGGAGGACAUGGCCCGAGCAGAGGAGGAACCUUUUCAGGAUGGGACAUAUGACUGCACAGUGUCCUAGCAGCAGCAUGCUCACAGGGGCAGUAUUAACUUGGAGCAGCAUGCAACUGAGGAAACUGUAUAAUCUAGAUUUAACCAGGGAAAAGAAUUUAGUUCAGAGUAUUAAUGGUAAAGUAUUACUAAAUUUUAACCACCUUUUUUUCCUUUAAGGUAUCUGAGUCUAUAAAAAUGUGACAUCAAGCAAAUCACCUUUCAUUAGAAAAAUAUUUUAACUGCAGUGAAAACAAUAAAAAAUCCUGUACAGAUGUACACAAAAUAUUUUGCUUUUCUUCUUAAAGGUUGGUAGCUUAAUCUGUGGUGUUUAUUUUUCUCCAGAUGAGCUAACCUUUUCUUCAUCAUGCUUCUUAUAUAUUUUCUUGUUCAGUAUGUGUCCAGGCUGCUUUUUGCAGAUCAAUGCCAAGGUGCUUGCUGUAGGUCAUCAGGAAUUUGAGCUACCUGUGUGCCCAACAGAGAGUUGGAGAGUUCUGGAUACCCUCCUGUGCCUCGUGAGUGCAUAGGUGGCGUAAUGGGGACUACUUCUUUGGCAUUUCUAGCCUUAUAAACUCCAGACCUUCAUGAAAGACAGCAGUUACCUGUGAAUCAGUGUGUGCUUCAGCAAACUUGAUUCUUUUUACAUCAGUGUGGGCAGAAGUCUAAAAGGUUCCUAUUAAUUAUGCUGUUAUAUACCACUAAACUAUUUUGUAACCAAGAAUUGUAUCUUUUUGUGAAUACUCUUGUGUAAA